UGUGGAAACAGGGGAAGGAGAGUACGCUUCUUUUGUCACAUUCAAUCUCUCCAUUUUUCUUCUAUUGCAGGUGAGGAAGAAGGCUACUAAGAACUAACCCACCCGUCUGUCUUUCUUUAUUUCUUCUUCAAAUUUCUUGGUGGGAUUUGAUUUUUCUGAGAUGAGGAGCAUAGCAACUUGUUACAGUGAACACGCCAUUAAAGUGUCGGAUUCGUAUUGUUCAGGCCCUUCAAGUCAGGCGAUUCAAACACCAAGCCUAAUCCCUUCUGUCGCAGAUUCAGUUAUAUGUAUAUACAAGGCCAAACUCGCCGAAUCAAAAGAUCUUCUGAUCACAGUCACUUGGUGCAGCAACUUCAUAGGCCAAGGCCUGAUUGUUAAGAUUGGAGAUGCCAAUUCACACCAACUACGAAUCAAAAAGGGCACACAAGCAUUCCAAUAUCUCAAUUUCAAUGUUCAAGUGUUUUGGGAUCUGUCUGCAGCAUGUUAUGAUCCAGGACCGGAGCCAAUUAACGGGUUUUACGUGGUUGUUUUGGUGGAUUCAGAGCUUGUUCUGUUUCUUGGAGACAUGGAGAAAGAAGUUGUGAAGAUUUGGAAGAAAGAGUUACCAGUACGUAAAUUGGUGUCUCGAAGUGAGCAUUUUUCAGGUAACACUGUAUAUUCAACGAGGGCGCAAUUCUGUGACACAGGAACAGCUCAUGAUAUAUUGAUCAAGUGCAUUGGAGAAGAUGACAGAUCAAAGAACCCUGUACUCGCUGUGUCAAUUGAUGACAAGAAGAUUUUUCAAGUAAAGAAAUUGAGAUGGAAUUUCAGAGGGAAUCGGACAAUUUUUCUUGAUGGGUUAUUGGUAGAUAUGAUGUGGGAUGUUCAUGACUGGUUUUUCAAGCAAGAAUCAGGGUUCGCUGUUUUCAUGUUCAGAACCAGAAGUGGGUUCGAUAGCAGGCUCUGGUUGGAGGAGAAGAAUUCGGAGAAGAAGGAGCAAGAGAAACCUGAGUUCUCCUUGUUGAUAUGUGCUUGUAAGAAUCCAGACUGAUUUACUAUUUUUGGGAUAAUUCUGAUUACAGGAAAAUUAUACUUCCGGGAAUGGGUUUUAAUUUCUGGAAUCUAAAUGAAUUGUACAUGUCAAUAUUAAUGGAUCUAUUUUGUUUUCUAUCAUUUACGUUUACGUGUAGAGAGGCAGAUGCCAAUCCUCUGUUUUUAACUUGUUUGAUCUGGUUCUGAUUGGUGUGUAUUCCUUAAUUUGGAUAUGUGUAUUAAUUGGCAGUUGGAAUAUCGCUGGUGUUCUAAAAGAGGUAACGUACAGUGAG